GCUGGGGGCGGGCGGCGCCGGGGCGCGGCUGUCCCGCUCCCUGCCCGCCUGCGGAGCCGGCUGGCGGCGCGGGGCCGGGAAGCAAGAGGCGGAGGGGUGGCGGCUCCCGGCGGGGCGGGCGCGUCCUCCGGCCCUCACUCGGUUCAAGGAUUAUGUUGUGCUAGGUGGGAGGAGUGUUCUUCAUCAGUGACUUGGACUGUUUCAAGCAUUUUUAUGUGCACAGGAAUUAAGAUGGAUGAAACGUUUCAUUGGUCAUAGCAGCAGCAGGACAAAUAAGGAACAUUGUCGUAACUGUUAAAGGGCAUAAUGCAGAAUCCGUUAACAGUUUCUGCAGGUGGUGUUUUUUUGCAUGCUAAUCCUGCAGAGAAACAUUGUGUCCAACAAAGUAUGCUGGGUCAGCAAAAGCAAGAAACUUGUGCUGGAAAGACAGUAUCCACAGAUAAACAGAAAUGCCCUUCGGAUAUAAUACAAAGUUUUCAGAAGAAAAGUCAGUUUAGGACCAUUGCUCCAAAAAUGGUACCAAAAUUUUUAACAUCUGGAGUGGUUUCUUGCCUUCAGUCAUCUUUGCCUGAGCCAAUGACACCAAUUUCAGCCUCAGGCUCUAAGCCCCUGGUGGUGCCAGCUCAGAACUAUGCUGUCAUGCAGGUGGCUGCUCACAAGGGCACCUUUUCCCUGCUGGCUGUGCCCUGUGUUGCACCUGCCCUAACUCAGCAAGUUCAGCAGUCAGCUGUGGCCCCCUCUGAAAACCUAAAGCUGCCCAUCCCCAGGUACCAAUCUGUAAGAAAUAAAUUGCUGAGUGACAAAAAACUGACACAAAUCUCUGGUUUGAGUGCACGUAACAAGAUUCUUACCAAAGCACUGACCUCAUCACAGACUUCCCCCAUGCCUGCUCUACAUGAAGACUGUCCUGAAGCUCAUUGUAGUUCAGAUUCAGCUGAGCAAGGGAUGGUAGCAGACUGUGACUCAGCUGAAAUUGGAGUUGCCACAUUAAUGAAUAAAAGCAAUUGUGUGGAAUCUAGAUCUCUUUUAAUGAACAAAGCUAGCAAUAAUAUUUCUGGAUCAUCUGUAGUUGAAGACUCUCCAUCCAAGCCAGCAAGUACAACUAAUCCCAUGAAACUGAGUCUACAUUCUGUGAAGACAGCAUUGGAAACCACAAGAGAGUCAUUCCUGACAUCUGAGAAACUAAAGGAAAAACCCACAAAUUCUGCAAGUCCUGUUGCUGUCUUGUCACCGACAGUUUUUGGCAGUACAAUUCAGAUGACUCCAUCAGCACCAAAAGGAAAACUUCCUAUUUUGCCUUACUCCAGAAUGAAAAAUUCAGUGUUCUGUAAAUCUAAGCAGAAUAUUAAUGUUAUGGACAUACCUGAUCAUUCUCUAAAAUCUGAAUGUGAAAAGAUUCCAUUUUUGAUGAAAACCAAAGCCUUUGAUAAGCAAAUAAUCUCCAAACAAUCCAUUGGAGAAAACACUUUCUCUCCCUCCAGCAAAGAGGAUGAUGUCGACACUCUUAAAAACUUGAGCAGUGCAACCUCUAAAAGAAGAGGCAGGAAAAAAAGAGCCCCGGAAGAUUUAUUGGCUUUUCAGGCCAAGCGAAGGAAAUGCGUCAUUAAUAAGUUUAGAGAAGGAAGAGAGAGGGCCAAGGUUGAUACUGAGGCACCUGAAGACAACAGAGCAGGAGCAGUGACACGGUACCGCAGCAUCAGACCGAAGCCCGUGGUGCUUGUGCAGGCGCUCGCGCCUCUGACUCCCGCAGCCAUCGUGGCGACGCCGUCUCGUGGGCAGGACUCCUUUUUCAAUGGGUCACUCACCAAUAAAUGUGUGAGUUCCAAGCACAGUGAUGCUGCAUCAGCCAAAUCAAGUGAUCUAAGCAGAAAUGCACGUUCAGCUGUCCUUAGGGUGGUGCACAGGUGCCAUGUUUGUAACCACGGGUUCCGCUUAAAGCACCACCUCAAGGACCACAUGAACACGCACACGAGGAGGAGGCCCUACAGCUGCAGGAUCUGCAGGAAGGCAUAUAUGCACUCUGGGAGCCUGAGCACCCAUAUGAAGCUUCAUCACAGCGAAGGCAAAUCCAAAAAGCUGGUGUGCUGUGAAUUCUGUGCUAAAGUGUUUGGCCAUGCCAAAGUGUACUUCGGGCACCUCAGAGAAGUCCACAGGGUUGUUAUCAGCACAGAGCCCUACAGUAGUGAGCAGCAGGUGCAAGACACUUCAAAGAAGAGAGACAGGAAUAUAAAAGAGGCAGAAGAAGCUGCAGAGAGGGGAGAUAAGUGCAAUUUUGAGGACCUGUUCCAUGACCCAGGAGGAGUGAAAUUACAGGUCAAAUGUGGUCGAUGCCAAUUUAUUGCAGAAUCUUUUGGUGAAAUGAAGUUUCACUUAUUGUGCUGCCAUGGGGAAGAGAUUCAGGGAAGAGUGAAAGAAGAGGUUUUGCAAGAAAGCAGAGGAGCAGAAGGGAAACUGGUCAAACAUACAAGCCACGUGUGGAAACAGCACAAUGAGAGAAGACAUUUAGCACAGUGCAGUGCCCGUCAGGAGGAGCUGUAUAAUGUUCCAAAACCAAAGAGACAGCUGUUCUUCCACCAUCAAAAUCAUGUCAAUAUUAUACCUAAAAUUGAACCAACCCAGUCAGGAAGUAGUGAAGCUUCUGAGGAGAUGCAAAAUGUGGGGUUUGGCACACAAAGGAAAAAAAUAGAAUUUUGGUCUAAAGCAGGCUAUAACUGCAUCUUAUGCAAACGGUUAUUUGGAAGAAAAGAGGAUCUUUGUAAUCAUUGGCAGAGUCAUCAUAAUUGUGAAGACCCUUCCACUUUAUGGACAAUUUUUACUUUGGUAUCAAAACAAGGAAUUAUUGAACUUUCUGAUAAUGGUGAUUAUUGAAGCUCAACUCUGCUAUGCUAUGAAAAACCUUAACUACCUUACCAAAUUGUUCUUUCACUGUCUUGCUAAACUAACUCAACAGAUGUAUCACUUAAAAGGUUUUUUAGUUGGGUUUGUAGGGGAUUUUUUAAAAAGCCAUAUUAACCUUUAUUUUGGUGACUAGAAAAUGUGUUUAUUCUGUAUCAUUCCAGAUGGGUACAUGGAAGCUGAUUAUGAAUCCUUGUACUUAAAAUUCAUGCUUAAGGAACUUUAUAACAGCAAAUACUCAAUACUAAUUAUUAACCUCAAUGAAAUAUAUUUGCGAGUUAAACUAUACUGUACACUCAGAAAUAAAUCAAUUUAUAUGAAGUAAUCUCAGUCUUAAAUGAAAUUAAAAACUUGACUGGAAUUCAGGUCCCGACAGUGCUCCCAGAUUUUGUGGUAAAUGCAUAUUUCCAUGCAGCUCUCACAAUCACUUAAAUGUGCAUACAUGCAGCCCUCAGGAGCAUUGUAGUCUAUAAUUUAAGAACUUCUGAUUUUUGAUUUCAUGAUUUCAGUGUCUUCAAACAUGUUCAUUGCUAGCAGGUGUUUUUGGUGUUCAGUUCUGUCCUGGUAACAGCAAAGGUAUUUGUAUUUUAGAAGUAAAAGCUUCACAUGUAUUUAUAUGCCUGCAGCUUUUUGGGUUGAAGUUGAGUUGCCACCCACUGAGAUGGAGCCCAGACAUCUCCAAGGGGGCUGGGCCUGUCAGGCUGUGAGAGGGUGGAGUUCUGGAGCUUGGUUUUGAUUAAAAGGUCCUUGAAACCACUGAAUCCAAUUUGAAAUUGAUGUUUAAACUGCUUAAAGCCUUAUGUUCCUCUAAAUUAUUUUGGGAGCAACAAUGGAGGCAAGUCUAAGAAAUCACCACAUCAUUCUCCAGCAGAAUUCAGAGCAUGUCAGGGGAGGGCAGGCUGAAAAAUACAGCAGUAGUGUCCCUACAGUACCACUCUAUUUAUUCCUUCUUGUGGUCAGCUGUAAUGGAGGGUUUGCAGUGAUAAAAGAGCCAUGCCUAAAAUGGCCUGGCUUGCCUCUCACUGUUUUGCAAAAAUUAUGGUGAUGAAAACAUGAGAAGAGGUCUAAAAGUGUUGAGAUUUCUGAGUGAAAUUCCACAAGCUGCUGCAAUAUUUUGUGUAUGUGUUUUGUUUUUAAACAGUAAAGGCAGUUUUGAUUACCUAAUAGUUUUGAAUGUGAUUUCUCGUUGUGUGGUGCUUUGCCCUGGAGUUGAACUGUAAAGUAGGAAUCAAGAAUAACAAAAGACAAAAAGAAAAUGCCCACGGAACUGUAUUUUCCCAUGUAUUUUCAAAACUUUCGUCCUACUAUCUGUUGCUGUAAAUUCAGAUUUGUAGCUGUUUCUUUGCCUUCAUAUAUUGGGUUUUUAAUGCUGAAUUACCUUAAAAGUAGUAAUUGUUCUUAUUCUUGACACAUUCAUUUUUUAAUGUUACAAUAUAUAUUAUACAUUAUUUAUAAUGUUACAAUAUAUUCAUAUUUAUUUUCACUGGUGUAUUUGGACAAGAACAGCUAUUUUUAAAGUCAGUGGUUCAUAUCAGACUGAGGCUGUAUUUAACUUGGUAAAGUGUGUUGCAUUUAGCAGCAUUUUUUGCCCCUGUAACUUAAUCCUUUAACUUUAAAAAUCAAACAGCAGGGUGUUUUCCAUGAAACAGAAAUGUGAGAACAAUCCCUCCCUCCCAUAGUUGCACUGUGUCAAAGGGAAGUUCAUUCUCAGCAUAAAGCAUGCAUUUUAUGAGUUGGGAAAAAUCAUUUAAAAGUUUUGAUCAUGGUAUUUUUUUAGAAUGAACAUUAAAUCACCCAUCCCAAGGUAUAGUUUAAAAUGAGCUGACAUAAAUUCAGUACUGAGACAGAGUCCCUUCUGCUCAGGAACAGCAGCAGCCAUGGCAGAGUGGCCCUUUAAAAUUAUUUUCAAAGGUAUUUGUUAAAAACAGUGGUGCAUCAGAGGCAGUGAUGUAGGUGAUUUGCCUGGGGGUGGUCAUCAGGCAGAAAUGCACUUGCCCUGCAGGGGGAGGUGCAGGGAUGAUGGGAGGAAGGGGCUGGAGUGAGGGAGUCAGCUGCAUUUUCUUUAGUAGAAAAUUUCAUGUGCAGUCUUCUCUUCAUAUUUUUGUACUUCUCUCCAGGCCAAAUGGGUAAAGGGGUCUCAGCUUUCAGCAGUUUAAAACCUGAAAACAUGUUUUAAAGCAUGCUUCUAAGCCACUUCUCAGUGUCCUCAUAAAUGUUUAAAAUUAGAAGCCUUUUUUUAUGAGCCUGAAAGCAUUCUUAUGUUUCAGACUAUUGCAAUUAUGGUAGAUUAUGAAAGGUUGGGGUUUUUUGAAAAUAGCUUUGCAUUAAAUACAGAUGUGUCCUUUGUUUAAAAUGUUUGUUUGGCAUUUGUGUUCAUUUUGAUAAGAUUUGGAGGCCCAAAGUGAGCCUUAUGUACUGCAACAUUUAGUGGUGUGUGUUUGCUGUCCAGCAGAAGGGUCGUUAUAAAUACAGUUUGCUGUUUGUCUUGAAGCUGGACAAGUUAACAUCUGGUUUUGCACACAAAUUAUGUUUUUAAAUUGUUAAACCGAAUGUCAUUGUUUUUGUAGCUGUAGUUUUGUUCCCCUCUGAUUUUUCAUUAAGUUUCAGCUCCACUGUUCAACUUUAAAGCCGUUCCUCACAUGGAAAGUUGUUCCUUCAUCAUCACACCAUAAAUAACCAAAGC